AUGGACCUGUUAGCUUUUUCUGGCUCUCCAUCGCAAGAGAGAUUCGGGAGCCGGAAAGCACGCGAGGACGUAGGCCAGGGCAUCGCCAACGUGGCACCUGUGUACUCGUGCCCACCGAGGUCUUGGCUGGCACUCGCAGCUGCCUCCCUGCAGGCGGAUGCAUACAGAGUGGCACCCGGGGCGGCCCGGUGCGCCAAGCUGUGGCUGAAACCCCACGGACACGCCCAGUCACGGUGCCAUGGCACAGCCCAGAGCCGCCACACGCCCGUGGCCACGUCGGGUUUACCUCAGUGCGCGGGCGGCUCCUCCCGGCCGAGAGCCAGAGGACGGCGGAGGAGGAGGAUCGGGCGCGGCGUACGGCUGCUGCUGCUUCUCCAGCGCGGGGAUCGCGUCCGGCGCGACCGAUCCUCCGCGCUCCCCGCGCUUCUCGGCGGAGCAGGUCUCGUGCGUUGUGCGAGGCUCUGCUGCAGGCGGGGCGACCCCGGCCGGCUGGGCCGCUUCCUGGGCUCGCUGCCGCCCGACGCCGAGGCGCCGUGCCUGGAGGCCAAGGCGGGCGAGAGCCUGGCCAAGGCGCGCGCCCUGCUAGCCUUCCAGCGCGGCGACUUCGCCGAGCUGUACCGCCUGGUGCAGAGCCGGCCCUUCGGCGCGCCGCACCACCCGUUCCUUGCAGACCUGUACCUGCGCGCCCGCUACCGGGAGGCCGAGGCUGCCCGGGGCCGGGCUCUGGGCGCCGUCGACAAGUACCGGCUUGCGCAAGAAGUUCCCGCUGCCCCAGCACCAUCUGGGGACGGCGAGGAGACGGUGUACUGCUUCACGCGGUCGCGGGCAGCCCUGCGCGACUCGUACGGGCGCAGCCGCUACCCGAGCCCCGAGCAGAAGCGGCGCCUGGCCCAGGACACCGGCCUGUCGCUCACGCAGGUCAGCAACUGGUUCAAGAACGACGGCAGCGCGACCGCAGCGGAGGAGGAGAGGAGCCGGAGGAGGCGCCGCACGCCCAGCAAGAGCGAGUCUGACGGGAACCCCAGCACGGAGGACGAGUCCAGCCACGGCACCGAAGAAACCGAAACGUCCAUGGGGAUUUCUGCAACCCCCGAAGGGAUGCCCACCCCCAACAGCCUGUUCCUGCCAGCCGCUUGCUCCAGCGCCUCUUCCAUCCUCCUCAACGGCAACUUUAUCACCGCUAGCUCCCCGACCAUGCUGCUGAACGGCGGUUCCGUCAUCCAGACCCCCAGCGGAGGCGUCAUCCUGAACGGCUUGGCUCUCGGCGACAACCAAACCAUCACCCUCAGCCCCGUGGCAGCGCCCAGCCCGCCCAUCCUCCUCAACGGAUCCUGUCACCUGCUGGGCGGCAAGCCCCCAGGCCCACCCGGUGGCCAGGAGACCCCCAAGGCUCUCCAGGAGCCCCUUCCUCCAGCCACCGUCAUCCUCAGCCCGGCUGCCGCGCUCCAGGGGGAAGUGAAGUCGGAAGCGGCGGAGGCCCUGGCGUUUGGCGUCGAGGUCAAGCUGGAAGAGGGGCAGGUGGCCGCCCCACCCCUACUGCCCGCCCCCGACAGUGCCACGCUCCUCUCCAACCACAAGGGGCCCCUGCUGGCGGCAGCUGCCAUGCCUCAAGUGGUCCCAUCGAACGAAGAGGGCCCCCCGGCUGCGCAGCAGCUGCCCCCAGCACCCCAGCCACCAGCCACAUCCAGUCCUCAGAUGGUUCCUCUGGCCAAGUUGGUCCCCGGUGCCCAAGCCCUGCCAGCUCCCCAGGUGACCGCAGCCACGGUCGGUGGGCAGGUGACCCAGUCUUCCCAGACUACCACAGCCACGCCGCUGCUUUCCAUGCCAGGCCCCUCGCCCACUGUUCUCCACGUCCCUGCCCCAUCCCUGGUCCCCAUCGCCCAAGUCUCACCCCCUUCCCAGGUGGUGCCACUCUCCCAGUCUGUCUCUGGGACCCAGGUGCUCUCCCCGUCCCAAAUGGUGCCCGUGUCCCCGACGCAGAUCUACACCGUCCCCCAGGGGACCCCUGCCCCCCAGCUCGUCUCACUCCCCCAAGUGGCCCAGGGCUCCCAGAUUAUCUCUCUGCCCCAAGUUGUGCCCACCUCCCAGGUGGUCACCCUGCAGCAGGGCAUGGGCAGCCCCAUCCAAAUCCUGACCACCGGCGGGGCCCCCAUCAAAGUGGGGGCCAUGGCAGGGGCUCCGCAGGUGGCUGUGUCGGCGGGAGGAAGCCUUGGCCAGAGCAACAUGCACCUCAUCAACGCCAACGUGGGCAUGACCACGCUGCAGCUCCCGGGCACCGCGCAAGGCAACAUCCUCCUGACCAACCCGGCAACAGGGAGCAGCACCAUCGUCACUGGAAUGGCCCUGCAGCAGGGGAAGCUGAUCCUGACGGCCACUUUCCCAGCUGGCAUGCUGAUGACGCCCAUCCUCUCAGCCCAGGCCGCCCCGACUCUGGCCCUGCCCAUCAAGCAGGAAGUGGCGGCCGUGAUGGCGCCGGCAACUCUGGGGAGCGGCGAAGGCGGCAGCGUGUUGCUCUCGGGGGGCGUUUCCGUGCUCCCUCCUGGAGUUUCCCCACUCUCGGCACCCGACAGCACCGGGCCGGCCGACUUGGCUUUUGGCACGGACUCUGGCCAAGCUGGCCUCCUUUCAAACUUCUCCCAGCAGGACGGCCUGGCCAUGUCUCAGCAGCAGGUGGUUUGGCCCGUCCCGGUGGGCAUGGACCUCCAAGGGACCGGCGCCGAGGGGCUGUUUGAGAUGGACAAGAACUCUAUGGAGGUGCAGGGCGGCCUUCUGCGUCUCCCGGAGGGAGAGGGCCUCUUGCUGGAUGCCUCCGGGGGCGACCCGAUGGGCCCCGAGGCUCUGGACUCAGACGAGAAGGUGCUAACCCAGCUGCAGUCUGUGCCGGUGGAGGAGCCUCUGGACUUGUAAGGUGUGUCGCAGAGUCCUCACCUGCCCGCGGAACGAUAUUUUAAACCUGCUAUCCUUGGUCCCCACCUGGUCCAUACCGGAUGGUUUGGGGAUGCUACAAGUGCCUUGAAAAGGGAAAUCUGAGUGAGCCCCUGCAGUCUGUGCUGUUGCUGCUGCACAUCUUUUUUUUUUUUUUGCAAACACUACAGAAGGAAAAAACCCAGCACUGGGACACUGCUGACCCCUUUAUCCGGUGUGUGUGCAACUGCCUGUUCAGCAACCCCAGCGCCACCUUGUGGCUGCCAGUAGAACAGCAAGCACUAUCUUCCCCUUGGUCUUGCUCCUUCGCCUUGUUUCUUUUCCCCUUCCCCAGCCCUCCUAAAGCUCAGGCACAGAGUUAAGGGCGUUUUCUACCUUUGUGGCCUUUCUGCCUUUUUUU